AUGCCGGCUCUGCCAGCGCUGCUGCUGUCGAUUCACUUCCUCUUCCUCUUCCUGCUGCUGACCAUGGCCCCACCCUCUCUCAGCCAGGCACCUGCCCUCUCUGCCCUCAGAAUGGCCGCUAUACUGGAUGACCAGUCUGUGUGUGGACGGGGCGAGCGGCUAGCAUUAGCACUAGCGCGUGAAAACAUUAACAGUGUGAUGGAAGGGCCAGUUCGUGCUCGUGUAGAGGUCGACAUCUUCGAACUACAGAAAGACUCACAGUACGAGACCACCGAUACCAUGUGUCAGAUCUUACCGAAGGGAGUGGUCUCCGUCAUAGGUCCCGCCUCCAGUCCUGCCUCUGGUUCUACUGUCAGUCACAUAUGUGGAGAGAAGGAGAUCCCUCACGUAAAGAUCGGUCCUGAGGAGACUCCUCGGUUGCCGUAUCUACGCUUUGCCUCGGUAACGCUGUAUCCUAGCAACGAGGACCUGAGCCUGGCCAUUGGUGCUAUAUUGCGUUCCUUCAGCAACCCCACCACAAGUCUGAUCUGUGCCAAGGCCGAGUGCCUGUUGCGAUUGGAGGAGCUUGUGCGUCGCUUCCUCAUCUCCAGGGAGACACUGUCUGUCAGGAUGCUUGAUGACAGCUUGGAUCCCACCCCUCUGCUGAAGGAAAUCCGUGACGACAAAGUAGCAACCAUUAUUAUUGAUGCUAACGCGUCAGUCUCUAUUCUAAUACUGAAGAAGGCAUCUGAGUUGGGGAUGACGUCAGCGUUUUACAAGUACAUCCUCACCACUAUGGACUUCCCGUUAUUGAGAUUGGAUGAGGUGGUGGAUGACCAGUCCAACAUUGUGGGUUUCUCCAUGCUAAACAGUAGUCAUCCCUUUUACCUGGAGUUUAUCAGGAGUCUGAACCUAUCCUGGAGAGAGGGCUGUGACGUCAGCCCGUACCCUGGACCAGCUCUGUCGUCUGCACUGAUGUUUGAUGCGGUUCACGUUGUGGUUAGCGCGGUACGAGAAUUAAACCGCAGCCAGGAGAUUGGCGUCAAACCCCUCAGCUGUAGCUCACCGCAGAUCUGGCAGCACGGAACCAGUCUCAUGAAUUACCUUCGCAUGGUGGAGUAUGAUGGUUUAACUGGCCGUGUGGAAUUUAACAGUAAAGGUCAGAGGACCAACUACACUCUCCGUAUCCUGGAGAAACACAAGGGAGGCCAUAAAGAGAUUGGCGUCUGGUACUCCAAUAACACGCUGGUGAUGAACUCCACCUCUUUGGACAUCAACAUGUCUGAAACCCUGGCAAACAAGACGCUCAUUGUCACGACCAUACUGGAGGACCCAUAUGUGAUGCGAAAGGCCAACUACCAGGAUUUCCAGGGUAACGACCAGUACGAGGGCUUCUGUGUGGACAUGCUGCGUGAGCUGGCUGACAUUCUCAAGUUCUCCUUCAAGAUCAAACUGGUGGAUGACGGCCUGUACGGUGCGCCAGAACCCAACGGGUCAUGGACCGGCAUGGUGGGGGAACUCAUCAACAGGAAAGCAGACCUGGCUGUUGCAGGUUUCACCAUUACGUCAGAGCGGGAGAAAGUCAUCGACUUCUCUAAGCCUUUCAUGUCGCUGGGCAUCAGCAUUCUCUACCGUGUUCACAUAGGCAGAAAACCAGGUUACUUCUCCUUCCUCGACCCCUUCUCUCCGGCUGUCUGGCUUUUCAUGCUGUUAGCAUACUUGGCUGUUAGCUGUGUUCUCUUCCUGGCCGCAAGGUUGAGCCCAUAUGAGUGGUAUAACCCUCAUCCCUGUCUGCGGGAGCGUAAGGAUCUACUGGAGAACCAGUACACGCUGGGGAACAGUCUGUGGUUUCCUGUGGGUGGCUUCAUGCAGCAGGGCUCUGAGAUCAUGCCCCGAGCCCUGUCCACACGCUGCGUCAGUGGAGUCUGGUGGGCGUUCACGCUGAUCAUCAUCUCCUCGUACACGGCCAACCUGGCAGCGUUUCUGACGGUCCAGAGGAUGGAGGUGCCCAUCGAAUCAGCCGACGAUCUGGCCGACCAAACCAACAUCCAGUAUGGCACCAUUCAGGGCGGCAGCACCAUGACCUUCUUUAUGAACUCCCGGUAUCAGACAUACCAGCGGAUGUGGAACUAUAUGUACUCCAAGCAGCCAAGUGUGUUUGUGAAGAGCACAGAGGAGGGAAUUGCUCGGGUCCUCAACUCCAAAUACGCCUUCCUGCUGGAGAGCACCAUGAACGAAUACCACCGCAGGCUCAACUGUAAUCUCACCCAGAUCGGAGGACUCCUGGACACCAAGGGCUACGGCAUAGGCAUGCCCCUUGGUUCUCCAUACAGAGAUGAGAUAACUCUGGGUGUGCUCCAGCUGCAGGAGAAUAAUAGACUGGAGAUUCUGAAGCGGCGAUGGUGGGAGGGGGGGCAGUGUCCUAAAGAGGAGGACCACAGGGCCAAAGGUCUUGGCAUGGAGAAUAUAGGUGGGAUCUUUGUGGUGCUGAUCUGUGGUCUGAUCAUUGCCGUGUUCGUGGCCAUUAUGGAGUUCGUCUGGUCCACGCGUCGCUCAGCCGAGACUGAUGAGGUACGCCCUCACUCCUGCCCCGGCCGAAAUCACAGAUACGCCCCAGUGUCUGUGUGUCAGGAGAUGAUGACUGAGUUCAGGAAUGCGAUAUCUUGUAAAAAGAGUUCACGCUCUCGGCGGAGACGACCUCUCUCGGGUCACGGUGUCCUGCGCCAUCCCUCCCGUCUCCCGCUGGGGGCACCACGCCCCAUUCGGCUGGUGCGGGAGAUGCGCCUCAGUAACGGUAAACUCUACAGCGGGGCGGGACCGCUGACUGGAGCCACCACGGGGCCCGCCGGAGCAGGGGGUCCGGCAGACAUGGGCCCAGGGCCCCAGCGCCUGUUGGAGGACCCUUUGGGCGCCAACGUGUCCAGCACCCCUCCCCCUGCACCAAUGGCUCCCAUAAUCCCAGCCGGGGCGCCACGUGCCUGCACCCAUGUACGCGUCUGUCAGGAGUGCCGGCGAAUCCAGAGCCUGCGCUCUGCCUCCUCCUGUUCACGGAUCCCGCCCCUCUCCUCGGCUACAUCCUCUUUGCCACGCCUGCCUCCGCCGCCCCCUCCUUCCUCAUCAAACACAAACACCGACAGUGAGGGUGGGGGUACAGUAAGCCCCCGCAGGGCCAAACCCAAACCCACGCCGCCGCCACGCCCCCUGCCACCCACCAAAACACCUUCUACAGAUCUCCUCUGCAAGCAGGAAUGA